AAAAAGACGCCAUCAAAACAAUAAACACUUCUCAGUACCCGACACGACGGCGAAUAAGCGGCGGUAGUAGGGUUCGAUUGAGGAAGCGAUCGCGUCAUCCUGAUGGAAUUUUCUGUGAAAAAGUGCUAAUUUGGAUAAAAACCAUCUUGUGGAACAAUUAAGACCGUCUCCGGUAGUGCAUAGAAAGGAAUCGUGACUUCAGAUUAGGUGGCAAUAUACGACCACAGAGAUGGGGUGCUUCGAAAGUAAAUCCAGUGAUCAGCAUCAGCCCACUGCUGUGCGAGGCUGUACCGAUAUUUUUUGGCUAAUUGUUUAUGUUAUAUUCUGGGCUGCGUUGCUUGUGAUUGCCGUAUUCUCAUUCGUGUACGGUAACCCGCUGCGCAUCAUCAAUGGCUAUGAUUCGUUCGGAAAUACAUGCGGCGUCGAAAGUAACGAAAAGUUUGCACACUUUCCGUUGUCCGGCUUGAACACCUUGGACAAACCGUACGUGUUUUUCUUGGACCUAAAGGAACUUCGGCAGACAUUGAAGAUUUGCGUGAAAGAAUGUCCCAAAAAAGAUAUCGGAACGGCUAUGGAACUGUAUCGGUACUACGAGGAAAGAGGAAGCAAAUACUGUCGGUACGAUUUCAACAUGAGCCUAUUGGCGACCCAGGAAGCGUCGGGACCGAAGUACUUUGCCUUUGCCGGGCCAUGUCCGAAAUUUCCGGUAUACGAGGCAACGCCGGUGCUUCACCGUUGUAUACCGACCGGAAAAAAUGCUCCCCUGCAUCACGUUAAGGAUAUGUACGCACUGAUCAAUUCCUGGGGAGCAGCUCAACAGGUGUUCAGCGAUUUGUACAAAACAUGGCCAACGGUUGUGCUGAUUUGCGGACUAAGCUUGAUUUUCUCUAUAGUUCUCAUAACGAUGCUGCACGUGUUGACCGCGAUCAUAUCGUGGGUCAUUUGCAUUUUCGUUGCGGUGGCUAGCAUUGCGAUUACUGGGCUACUGUGGUGGAGUUACUACAAGGCAAAGCACAACAUGGACGUUGAUCCGAAGCUAUCGUACCUGGAGGAAUUGGUGCGGAAUGAAACCACCAUCUACGUCCUGGCCAUUGCUGCAACCUGCAUAAUGAUUAUCCUGCUGGUCAUCAUUUAUUACCUUCGAGAGAAACUGAGCGGAUUGGCUGCCCUGUUCGAAGAAGCCGGCAAGUGUAUGAUUGAACUACCGGGGCUGGCAGGACCUCCGGUGCUAGCCUUCAUUGCAUUGGUUCUAUUUCUUACAUUUUGGGUUGUGGUGAUCGUUUGUUUAGCCACUGCCAACUAUCCGAACGUGCGGCCACUUUUGCCGUUUACUCAGCUCAAAGAAAACCCCAACAAGACUGAAGCUGAGGUGAAACCUGAUACUCCGGCCAACAAUAAUACUUAUAAAUCAUUCGAUUUGGUUGAAUAUCCUGAGGCUGACUACCUUCGCCAUAUGCUGUGGAUCUACAUCAUCGGCUUAAUCUGGACAACGGAAUUCAUUUUCGCCUGCCAACAGCUUGCUAUAGCGGGAGCCGUAGCGUACUGGUACUUCCGCAAGCCAACCGAUACCCCGGUGCUGCAAGCCAUUGGAAAACUCAUCAAAUAUCAUCUGGGCUCGGUUGCAAAAGGAUCGUUUAUCAUCACAAUUUUCAAGAUUCCACGUUUGAUACUGACAUAUUUGUACACAAAACUGAAGCGUCAUCAACAGGAAGGAUCGGAAUGUGCAAGUUGUUGCCUCAGGUGUUGCAUCUGUAGUUUUUGGCUUUUGGAGAAGUUUAUCCGCUAUCUGAAUCACAAUGCUUACACGGUAAUCGCGAUCGAAAGUGUAAAUUUCUGUCCGGCAGCCAAGAUUGCUUGGAAUGCUCUGGUGACGAAUGCUUUACAGGUGGCCACCAUUAACGGUAUCGGUGAUUUUGUGCUGUUUUUAGGCAAACUUGCCGUGGCUGCCUUGUGCGGAAUGAUCAGUAUUCUGCUGCUACGCGACAACCCGAACGUACACUUUUACAUGGCCCCCGUAAUCAUCAUCACGGUUUUUUCGUUCUUUAUCGCUCACAUUGUCCUGUCGUUGUAUGAGAUGGUUGUAGACACGCUGUUCCUGUGUGUCUGCGAGGAUCGUACGAUCAACGGAAACUCCGGUCGCUGGAAGGAAAGUAACCUGGCGCGACUGCUGGGAGAAGCCCCCGAAACGGAUGCGGUGGAGGCUCCGAUGCAGGUUGUGGAAAUGGCUCCGAUAACCAAGCAACCGUUCUCAAUGCAAACUCUUCAAAUGACUGAAAUUGAAAAUAACAAAGCAUAACAAGGUGCGCGUACUUUAGAAUAGACGAUGCCCCUCAACAGAAGCCAGCCAAGUGAAACAUACGCAAGCACAAAAGACGGCAUACUUUUUUGGUAUUACAGAUUGGCGGUCGCGAUAAAAGAGUCUCUCCAAUAUUUGAUAUAAGACAGCUUUUCAAAGUUAGACGUUUUCAGAGCUAACUUUACCAACUUGAACAAUAUACCGUUUUUUUUUCUUCCUAUUUUGAUAUGAAGCUACGAAUCUAUUUACAAGACGAUGUUUCAUCGAGUUGGGAAACAACUCCAUCCAGAACGUUAUACAUCAUUAAAGUAUUGUAACUAUUUAAAUCUCACUCACAAUGAAAAAUUAACGCUAGGUAAUAUUUAUUGUAUGCAUUUCUAAAUCACUCGAACUUCAUCUAUUCUUUGAAUUAGAUAUCCUGCACUUCAUGAUAAUACAUUAAUAACACAUCGUAACUCACGUUCAAAUUUCCAUAGUUAAUAUUGCUACUUAUAAAAUCAGAUUAUUAUCCAUUGUUGAAGAAGAAAGUUUUGUCAGAUUUUAUUUCUAUAUUGAUGUUUUUCAACGCCAGUUCAGAUUAUAGAAAGAAAUAUUUGCUAUAUAUAUUAUAUGUACGAACUAGUGAUACGAUAAACACUUAUAAUCGUAUUUAAUAAUUGGAGAAUACCAAUAAAGACGCUAAUUAUGAGCUCAA